UUUCGUCUUGUUCAGGUGCACGCUGGCACCGGCCUCGAACCCAUCGAGUGCAGAAUGCUUUGGGAGAAUUCCAAACAUCCCGAGAGGGCAUAUGAUUGCUUGAGUUAUGCCUGGGAGUCCAACAUCAGAGACGAAAUGAUCCUGGUGGAUGGCUUCGCCUUUCCCGUCACCAAGAAUCUCUUGUGCGCCUUGCAGAAUCUACGGAAGCCGAGAGCCACGCUUCUGAUAUGGAUCGAUCAAAUAUGUAUCAACCAGGCCGAUGAUAACGAACGCGCUCACCAGGUCUCCAUCAUGAAACACAUCUUCAACCAGGCGCGCAAGGUGCAUGUGUGGCUCGGCGAGGCAGACUAUCGCAGCAGAAUGCUUUGCGAUUUUGCGAAGACACUUCGACGAGGCGAGGCCAAUGCCAGCAAACGACCUCUGAACAAGACCAAGCUCAAGGAAGCCAUACAAAGCGUGCUGGAGCGACCUUGGUUCUCGAGAGUUUGGGUUAUCCCUGAAGUAGUGCUUUCGAAACAA